AAGUGGAACUCCGUCUCCCAAGAGGACGUUGACGACUCGGUCGCCUGCCAUCAGAGGAAGCAGAGACCGGUUCACUGGAGAGUCCUACACUGUGUUAGGUGAUACCAUUAUGGACUGUGGUCAACACUACUGGGAGGUGAAAGCCCUUAAAGAUUGUAAGUCCUACAGUGUUGGGGUCUCCUACAGGAACCUGGGAAAGUUUGACCAGCUGGGUAAGACCAACACAACCUGGUGUAUCCACAUCAACAACUGGCUGCAGCCCUCCUUCGCUGCCAAGCACAACAACAAGGCCAAGAGCCUGGACGGCACCGCGCCUGGACGCAUCGGGGUCUUCUGUGACCUGGACUCAGGACAACUGUCCUUCUACAACGCUGAAACUAAGCAGUUGAUCCACACGUUCAAGGCUAAGUUUAGCCAACCUGUUGUACCAGCCUUCAUGGUUUGGUGUGGUGGACUGAGCCUCAGUACAGGGAUGCAGGUCCCGAGUGCAGUCAAGAGUUUCCAGAAGAACGAGAACGGCCUGGGAGGUUCCAACAGCAGCCUCAACAGUGUGGCCCAGUAGCCCAGACUGACUGGAUGCGUCUGGAACACCUAUUCCCUAGAACCCUCUAACUCAACUCUGGGACUCCAGGCCAUUUCCACUGUGUUUUUUUUUCAUUGUUCCCCUCUAAUCAGGGCCUGAUUUAGACCUGGGACACCAGGUGGGUGAUUCCUCUCUAAUCAGGGCCUGAUUUAGACCUGCGACACCAGGUGGGUGAUUCCUCUCUAAUCAGGGCCUGAUUUAGACCUGGGACACCAGGUGGGUGAUUCCCCUCUAAUCAGGGCCUGAUUUGAACCUGGGACACCAGGUGGGUGAUUCCCCUCUAAUCAGGGCCUGAUUUAGACCUGGGACACCAGGUGGGUGAGUCCCCUCUAAUCAGGGCCUGAUUUAGACCUGGGACACCAGGUGGGUGAUUCCCCUCUAAUCAGGGCCUGAUUUAGACCUGGGACACCAGGUGGGUGAGUCCCCUCUAAUCAGGGCCUGAUUUAGACCUGGGACACCAGGUGGGUGAUUCCCCUCUAAUCAUGGGCUGAUUUAGACCUGGGACACCAGGUGGGUGAUUCCUCUCUAAUCAGGGCCUGAUUUAGACCUGGGACACCAGGUGGGUGAUUCCCCUCUAAUCAUGGGCUGAUUUAGACCUGGGACACCAGGUGGGUGAUUCCCCUCUAAUCAUGGGCUGAUUUAGACCUGGGACACCAGGUUGGUGCAAUAAUGAUCAGGUAAAACAGAAACCCAGCAGGCUCCGGACCUCGUGGGGUCAGAGUUUCAAUACCCCUGACACCUCGUGGGGUCAGAGUUCAAUACCCCUGACACCUCGUGGGGUCAGAGUUCAAUACCCCUGACACCUCGUGGGGUAAGAGUUCAAUACCCCUGACCUCAUGGGGUCAGAGUUCAAUACCCCUGACACCUCGUGGGGUCAGAGUUCAAUACCCCUGACACCUCGUGGGGUCAGAGUUCAAUACCCCUGACACCUCGUGGGGUCAGAGUUCAAUACCCCUGCUCUAUAGGCACUAUAUAAGGAAUAAUGUGCCAAUUCAGACGCAACCAAUGAUUAACUGAACUCGCUCCUGUUCUGACUUCCGGCUUCCUGUGCAAGUACAAUCCCUUCCUGUUCUUGAUCUGUCAGUCAACCCAGAGCCGCCCCAAUGCAUGAGAAACACUGAGCCUUUUUCUCUGUCUGGCGCUAGAAGAAACCAAACCAGCCUCGCCUUCCCUCCUCACAGUUUAACCAAGCAGCUACAGACCCUUAAAGGAAUGAAGAUCUAGCCCCGUGGUGCACAACCAUAACCCAGCUGCAGCAUUAGGGGUUAGGGGAACCCUCUGAACCAUGUUCCAGAUCUCUUAGGGGAUCGAACACCCAUAGGAUUCUCAUUCUGUAUCAGGAAUGCUAGAUGUUUCAUCAGGGAAUAGACCAGUGCUUUUCUCCCUUGUUUUAGUUAGAAUGCCGAGUUUUAGAUCAUUCUGUGUCUCUCUGAAGUGUGAAGGUGUGUUUUGGCAUGAUGAGAAACUCUGUUGAUUACUUACCAGCUGUAUAUUGUCUCCUAUAUUUUUGUUUUUUUUAUGUAUGGAAGUGUGAGUGAUUGGCUUAGAAACACUUCCUCUCUCCUAGAGGCUUCUUUUGGUUUGAACCCUCAGUUUCUUCAGUAUGCUACUGAACAAUACCUUUGACCUUGUGGGGUCAGAGUUCAAUACCUUGUCGGAACAGAACUGCAAGUACACGCUAUUAUUCCUGAUGAUGUAGGGUUGAAUAAUGGAGGACUUCUGUACUGCGUGGUACUGUGUGGUACUGUGUGGUACUGUGUGGUACUGUGUGGGACUGCGUGGUACUGUAUGGGACUGUGUGGGACUGCGUGGUACUGUGUGGGACU